AUGAUGGAAAAACGAAUUGCAAUAACUGUCUUUGUGAUCAAGAAAGACAGAUGUGGUACCAGUGGUAUCAAGAUUAUGUUAUUGCAAGUGAAGAAAGAUACAAGAAGUCUCUCUCUCUCUAUCUAUCUAUCUAUCUAUCUAUCUAUCUAUUUGUCUCUCUAUCUCAUUCUCCCUCUAUCUCUCUAUCUAUCUCUCUCUGUCUCUCUAUUUGUCUCUCUAUCUCUCUCCCCUUCUCUUUCUCUAUCUAUCCAUUUGUCUCUCUCUCUCUCUCUACCUGUCUACCUACUUUUCUAUCUUUCUCUCUUUGUCUCUCUCUCUCUAUCUAUUUGUCUCUCUCUAUAUAUACAUAUAUUUAUAUUUAUUUAUCUCUCUCCUCCUCUAUCUCUCUAUCCAUAUAAAAUCCAAUCCCUUCGUUCAUCUUGCCGACAACAAGUGAGGAAUCUUGUGGUAAAACUACAUAAAGAAUAUAAGGUUGCAGAGCAAAACUUACGUGAAGAUUAUGAAAAGAAACUGGCUUCUCUGAAGUCCACAUUUAUGAAAAAAAACACUGAACUUAAAAAUUCACUUCGAAUGUAUGAAAACGAUAUAAAACCUUCCAAAAACUCCAAGACUAGUAUGGAUAUUGUUAUGCUUAGUGAUUCUGACAGUGAGGAAUCUAAUGGUAGCAAGAUCCAUGAGAAAUGCCAGAAUUCCUACCAACUACUGCAGUCGCUGCUGGAUGAAAAAGAAGACAAGAUAUCUGAAAUAACACAAGAGCUAGAAGAAGUAAAUUUGCUUUUAUCUGAGAAGCAACAAAUGUGUGAUGAUCUAAUUAUUCAGGACAAAGAAUAUUGCCAACAAAAUCAGAGGGAAUUAAAGACAACAAGCAUACAAACAGAAAUUUUACAUAAUCAGAUAUUUUGCUUUCUCCCUUUGUCAGAUUUCUUUCUUAAUAAAAUUCUUUCUUUCUUUCAUAAGAUUCUUUCUUUCUUAAUAAAAUUCUUUCUUUCUUUCAUAAGAUUCUUUCUUUCUUUCAUAAGAUUCUUUCUUUUUAAUAAUUUUUUUUUCUUCUUAAUGUUUUUUCUUUCUGUUAAUAUAAUGCUUUCUUUCUUUUUUCUUAAUAUAAUGCUUUCUUUCUUAAUAUAG